GCAAACAUGAGCGGACGAGGAAAGGGAGGAAAGGGUCUCGGUAAAGGAGGCGCUAAGCGUCACCGUAAAGUCCUCCGUGACAACAUCCAGGGAAUUACCAAACCCGCCAUCCGCCGUCUGGCUCGCCGCGGGGGGGUGAAGCGUAUCUCCGGUCUGAUCUACGAGGAGACCCGCGGUGUGCUGAAGGUGUUCCUGGAGAACGUGAUCCGUGAUGCCGUCACCUACACCGAGCACGCAAAGAGGAAGACGGUGACCGCCAUGGAUGUGGUGUACGCGCUCAAGAGACAGGGACGCACCCUGUACGGAUUCGGGGGUUAA